AUGAACUACACCAGGAUUUUAUUGUUCGUUUUUCUAAGCGUUUGCUACACAUACCAGGUCUCGCAGAUCAUUCUGGUCAAUCUCGAGGGAGUCGAUUGGAGGGAAGAGGUCGUGGAAACCUUGCGGAAAGAAGGGAAUUUGGCUGAGGUCGCUAUAUCCGCAGAGACUCAUUUCCAGUUUGGAGUCUCAAACCCAACAUUUUAUUUCGUCGAGUUUUAUCUCAAGAAGUCAUCGAUUUCGAUUUCGCAUUCUUCUCUCCCCAAGUACAUGUGUUUCUCUCUCAACUGGACGAGCGAGCUUUCGAUGCAAGUUGUACAUCAGAACCCGCUGAUUUUCAAGUCAAGCCUGCUGUUCUUCUGGGUGCCUGAAAAUAUCCUAGAGUUGGAUCCAUAUCAUAUGACGAUGGCUUUCCACGACGUGGACGGGAGUAGCGCCGGUGAACGUCCAGGAAUUGUUCUUGAGCCCUCAGGCGAAUACGUUUUCAACAUUGAGCAGAGGGAGAUCGUCUAUUUGCCAAAACCGUACGAUACCGACUGCACGGACUAUCUGACGUGGCCUCGGCACCCAGAGCUCAAAUCUAUCUUGACGAAGGCGAUGUGCGAGCAUGAUUGUAAGAACGAGAUACUCUUGGAAAAAUGUGGGUGUUUAUCAGAGGAUUAUCCUGCUCGGCACCUGAUAAAUACUACUACCUGUUGGACGAAUAGUGAAUGUCAAAAGGGGUAUUCAGGUAUGAUCGCUAAGACCUGCUCGAAACGUUGCGGGAAGGCCUGCCACAACAUCAUUUACGACGCCAAACAGGCCCAUUCCAAAAUGUACGAUCCACAAGAAGAGGGCGAAUACUACAUCAAACUCAUUCUCUUAAUGACGUCACGAAACGUCGACGUGAUGGAGUUCAUCCCGGCUCUGACUUUCACCCAAGUGCUAGGUCUCAUUGGCGGAUACCUCGGGCUUUGGCUCGGUCUAUCGCUGGUCACGAUAAUCAGCGGAACUUUCUUCUUCGUUGCCAAGGCUGUCGUGAACAGGAUCCGGGGUGACGUCUACAAUAUCCUCGCGGUCAACUGUAUCUACCGGACCUUACGUUUUCUGUGCAUGUGUAUCUGUGUUUACGCUUGCGGACUCGCCAUUUUCGUAGAUACCGGAUCAUAUUUGAAAUAUAGAACGACAGUCCGAGUCGAUCGCGGUAAUCUCUCCGCCCUGGAGUUUCCUGCCUUGACGAUCUGCAAUAUUCAAGCGAUAAACUUCUCCCGUGUCUGUUGGGAGUACGACGGCACCGAGUGCAAAACGAGCGAUCCCGAGGCGAUACUAGGGAAUCGAUUGACCCUGGUCAAAGAACUCAUCAAGUUCAGCUAUCCUAUCUCGGAAUUCGUUCUCGCAUGCCAGCUAAAGUACAGGGACUAUGUCUGCAAACCUGCGGACUGCCUCCAUCUCUGGAAAAUACAAUAUACCUAUUUGAAAACGGGAGUUUGCUACACGUUCGAUCCGGGCCUUCUGCAAGAAUAUCGGGACUGUAAAGAGCCUUGGAAAUACGAACUCAGUGUCAGACUCGGCGCCACGUCUUCGAAGGAAAUAACACUUUCGGGGUUCUUGCACCAACAGAACACCUUUACAUCUGCCAUGCCAAAUACGUUCAUGUUACGGACGGGAAAGAUUUACAUGGUGACGGCCGAACAGAAGACCUUCUCUGCCCUUCCUCGCCCGUAUGAAACGCAAUGCGCCGAUUACGUCCGGAUUGCGAAUCGCAUGAACUACACCGAGGGAAAUAGAGAACCCCAGGUAUUGUGGCUCAUUGCCGGAGUAACUCUCCUGGGCUUCCAAGCUGUGCUAUCUUGGCUCCAAGAGAUCGGAGGAAGUCGACGGAAGACUUGA